UUUAAGUUUUUUUUUUUUUAUUUGUCAUCUGCAGAUCGAUGACAAAUUUCCGUUUUUUACGAGUGUCAAUUAUGUGAAUACAGUUGUUUCGGCUCAAAGUUAAAUUUAAAAUACACACGUAAUUGAUCGCUAAAUUUUUCUUUGUGCUUUGCUUCUGAUAAUAUUUCUGUUUUUGCGAGGAAAGAAAAUGCAAGGUUUAAGUAAAUGAUUAUUUAUAGUCAUGAGUGAAAGAUUACAGUGCUCUCUAAAUGUAUCUAAAGGAAGCUGUGAUAAUGGAUUACCUGAGGGGCAAGAAAAAACUGAACUGUGGAAGAAAUGUGAUAGUGAUGAUGUAUCCGUUUUAAAAGAGCAACUUAAAGUAGCUUAUGAAAAUAUUGGAUUUCUUAAAAGUGAACAGACAUUGACUCUAAAAGGACUUCAUAAUGAAAUAGAGCAUCUUCAAAAUUUAUGUCGAAACCUCCAAUUUAAAUGUGAAGCAGAAGGUUGUAUUUUGCCUAAUAAUGAUUUCUUCAAAUGUACUCCUAAAGUUUUAGAACAUAAAGUCAAUACUUUGGUCCAAGAAAACGCAGAUUUAAAGCGAAAGCUAGCGGACAGUCAUCAAGCAAUAGAUAUUUUAGAUCAAAAAGAAAAAUUAGCAUUGUGGCAGCAUCAUCAAGAAUUAGAACAAAGAGACAAUAUGAUAAUUCGUCUAGAAAAAGAACUAGAAGAAAAGUGCAGCAUUUUAGCCCAACUGAAUUCUCACGGUGUUAGGAAAAAGAAAGGUAACUUUUGGCGUCGUUUCAGUUUCAACUCAUCCAACCAUCCUUCAACGUCCAAUGCAGUGCCUCAUUCAAAAAUUCAGCAACCACGAGUGGAGCAUUUAAGUAAAGAAGAUCUUCCAACUGAGAUUCAAAAUUCUUUACCAUCUCAUGAGUCACAGUAUCAGAGCUACUCUUCAUAUUCUUCACUGUCCGCCAAAAGCGUUUCAGAUGAUGAAGGAUUUGCACAACGCUGCUUUACUGACAAGCAAAGCGAUGAGAGAGAAUGUGAAAAAGAUAAGGGCUUGGCAGUAAAGCUGCCUCCAAUUUCAAACCUGCCAUUAGUAUCUUCUCAUCAACUAGUGAGACAUCAACUUAGAAUUCAUAGCUUAGCUAAUAAAGUGAGAUCGGAUUCUUUGGCUAUUGAUCAGAUGCGAUCCCCAGAGGUGGCUAUGAAAAGAUUAAGCAAAGCUUAAAUUUAAUUUAUAAAAUUAUAUUUAUUUUAUUAAAAAGAUAGGAUACUAUUUUUCUUCAUGUGGCUGUAUUUCUUA